AUGAAAGACGACUUCCACUAUCUGAAUGUGUCUCUCGUUGGGAAAUCCACGGUGUAUGACGCCAUGGACUGCGCCUUUGAAUGUCUCAGCAGUCCUUUGUGUUUUUCCUUUAACUUGGCCACCUUCAGAAGAGCUAAAGGAAAAUUUUUGUGCAAGGUACUUUCCACUGAUAAAUACAGAACCGCCACACAAUAUGGUGGAAAUAUGAGUUCGCAUCGCUUCUCCACUGCGGUAGGUAUCCUUAAGUGUCUUGAUCAUAGCUCCUUUCUCGAAAUGCUUCUCUCAAGCGUGAUUUCCUCGUCCUGUCUGAGCAUAUACUAUACACUUCAAUGAAUGAUGCACAGAAAGUUGCUCAAAGAUGCGUCCUUUGUUGUUGAUAGAAACACAACUAUGCUGAUGAGUUCGUGACUAACAACUUUACUUUACACAUCUAUAUCGAUUUAUUAGUUAUUCAUUUAUUUAUUUUUGCAGUCUCCUUGUUCUUCCUCACCAUGUCAAAACCAAGCUAUGUGUGUGACGAAUUACAAAUAUGGUACCUUUAAAUGUCUCUGUGGAGAAGGCUUCACAAGUGAGUUCUGGGAAAAUGGAGUAGAUAGCAGACACAACUGUUGUUUAAUUAUUAUUAUU